AUGCGCCCACCCCAGCACCUCGCCGCCCUCCUCGCGGCGGGCCUCAUCCCCCUCACACAUGCAUCCCCCAACUGCGCCCUCCGCGGCCCCGCCUACCCCAAACCAACCGAUCUCUCCUCCCACCCCCUCAUCAUCGAAGCCGCCCAACAGCUAACAGCAAGCUUCGAUGACCUCGCCGCCAACGAGACCAACCUAAUAGCGACCAACAACUCGUGGUCCCUCGAAGCAUGGUCCAUCCACGAGAACGCCGAGCCGACCGCCCUGCUGUGGUCGCACUAUCAUGCCGCCAUGAACCUGGAUGCCGUCAACUCGACGGGCACGCGGGAGGUGGACGGGUCGACAGUGUAUAGGCUGGGGAGCGUGACGAAGAUCUUUACGGUGUUGACGUGGUUGGCGGAGGUGGGGGAUGAGCACUGGUUUGUGCCGAUUACGAAUUUCGUGCCGGAGCUGAAGGAUAUUCAGGAGAGGAGUAGGGGGGAGGGGGAUGCUAUUCGAUAUACGGAUUGGGAUGCUGUGACGGUUGGGGCGUUGGCUUCUCAGAUGUCGGGGAUUCCUCGAGAUUAUUCGCUCUUGGGAGAACUGACGCAGGAUUAUGGCCCGGAUUUGGUCUAUGUGGGUUUCCCUCCUCCAGAGAAACUACCAGAGACGCCUGAAUGUGGGAUCUUCGUGCUAUGCAAUCGAACUCAAUUCUUUGAGGGUCUUGAAGAUUUGAUGCCGGUGUUUGCUCCAGAUGCGGCGCCGGCCUACUCGAACGUGGCAUAUGUCCUCCUAGCAUACGCCCUCGAAGAGAUCACAGGCAAGGAUUGGAUCACUCUUCUUUCGAGCAAUAUUUUGGAGCCGUUGAGUCUCGAGAGAACAUUCUUCAACACUCCAAACGACACGACUCUUGGCGUCAUCCCAGGAAACGCUUCUCAAGUGGGCUGGUAUAACCAACUUGGUGAUGGCGGACCCUCUGGGAGCAUGUACGCCUCCUCAGCCGACAUAACCCGCCUCAACAAAGCCAUCCUCUCUUCCGAACUCCUCCCACCGGCAAUGACGCGCCGCUGGCUCCGCCCGGUAACCUUCACGUCCGACCCCAUGGCGGCCCUCGGCAAGCCGUGGGGCAUCCGCCGCAUCAACAUGGGCCACCCCUACCUUUGGACCUACGGCUACCAAAAGGCCGGCCGUAUCGGCGACUACUCAGCCCUCAUUAUCAUGCUGCCCGACUACGGCGUGGGCUUCACUCUCCUUACGGCGGGCAAUAUGCCAGGGAACAUGAACUUUGACUUUGCGGAUGUCAUUGGCGCUACGCUCUUACCCGCUAUUCAUAACGUGUCAAGGGAGCAGGCGCGAGAGAAUUUUGCGGGGAACUACGAAUUCGGGAACGUUACUACUCUUAAUUCAUCCAUGGUGAUUACGGUGGAUGAUGAUCCGGGCUUGAAAGUAGAGCGCUGGAUAAGCAACGGAACGGACAUGGCUACAGUGGCUAUUCUACUUCAGCUUUCGACACGCGGGCCCGUGAACCCACGGAUAAGAUUAUACCCCGCUGGUCUGGAGACGGUCAAAGAGGAUAGGGAAGUGAAGAAGAGGAUAGCGUUUAAAGCGACGUUUGAGGACGCGGACAGUCCGGCGAGGGAGAAUAGACUAUUUUCGACGGACUGCGCGACUUGGUUGUCGGCUUCUUCGAAUCUUUGGGCGGCGAGAACGUUGGAUGAGAUUGUGUUUGAGGUUGGUGAGGAUGGGAAGGCUGUUGCUGUUGAUCCUGUGGCGUUGAGAGCGUUGUUGGGUAGGGUGGAUGAGUUGACGCCGCCUCCGCCGCCGCCUGCGGUUGAAGAGGAACCGCCAGUUGAUGAUGAAGGGGAGGGGGGCAGUGAGGGGGAACCAGGAGAGGAUGGGACUGGUGAUGAUAGCGGAGAGGGCUCCGGGACGGAUGAAGGCACUGGUGAGAAGGUCCCGGACGAGGGAGAGGAUUCAAAACCAGAGGAUCCCGUGGACGAACCUCCUCCCGUAGAAGAGCCUCCAGCGGACGGAAAGGAAGACUCAGAGACGCCCGACGCAGAGGCCAUUCUCGGAAAGGGAAUGCAAAUGAGGAAAUCUCACAGCAUGGAGUAA